AUGGUACAGACGUUACAGACGUUACAGACGUUACAGACGUUACAGACAGUACAGACGUUACAGACGUUACUGACGUUACAGACGUUACAGACGUUACAGAUGGUACAGACGUUACAGACGUUACAGACGUUACAGACAGUACAGACGUUACAGACGUUACUGACGUUACAGACGUUACAGAUGGUACAGACGUUACAGACGUUACAGACGUUACAGACAGUACAGACGUUACAGACGUUACUGACGUUACAGACGUUACAGACGUUACAGAUGGUACAGACGUUACAGACGGUACAGACGUUACAGACAGUACAGACGUUACAGACGGUACAGACCGUACAGACGUUACAGACGUUACAGACAGUACAGACGUUACAGACGUUACAGACGUUACUGACGUUACAGACGUUACAGACAGUACAGACGUUACAGACGGUACAGACGUUACAGACGUUACUGACGUUACAGACGUUACAGACGUUACAGACGUUACAGACGUUACAGACGGUACAGACGUUACUGACGUUACAGACGUUACAGACGUUACAGACGUUACAGACGUUACAGACGCUACAGACGUUACAGACGUUACAGACGUUACAGACGUUACAGACGUUACAGACAGUACAGACGUUACAGACGGUACAGACGUUACAGACGUUACUGACGUUACAGACGUUACAGACGUUACAGACGUUACAGACGUUACAGACGUUACAGACGUUACAGAUGGUACAGACGUUACAGACGUUACAGACGUUACAGACAGUACAGACGUUACAGACGUUAGACGUUACAGACGUUACUGACGUUACAGACGUUACAGACGUUACAGACGGUACAGACGUUACAGACGUUACAGACGUUACAGACGGUACAGACGUUACAGACAGUACAGACGUUACAGACGGUACAGACCGUACAGACGUUACAGACGUUACAGACGUUACAGACGUUACAGACGUUACAGACAGUACAGACGUUACAGACGGUACAGACGUUACAGACGGUACAGACGUUACAAACGUUACAGACGUUACAGACGUUACAGACGUUACAGACAGUACAGACGUUACAGACGUUACAGACGUUACAGACGUUACAGACGUUACAGACGUUACAGACAGUACAGACGUUACAGACGGUACAGACGUUACAGACGUUACAGACGUUACAGACGGUACAGACGUUACAGACGGUACAGACGUUACAGACGGUACAGACGUUACAGACGUUACAGACGUUACUGACGUUACAGACGUUACAGACGGUACAGACGUUACAGACGUUACAGACGUUACUGACGUUACAGACGUUACAGACGUUACAGACGUUACAGACGUUACAGACGGUACAGACGUUACAGACAGUACAGACGUUACAGACGUUACUGACGUUACAGACGUUACAGACGUUACAGACAGUACAGACGUUACAGACAGUACAGACGUUACAGACAGUACAGACGUUACAGACGUUACAGACGUUACAGACGUUACAGACGGUACAGACGUUACAGACGUUACAGACGUUACAGACGGUACAGACGUUACAGACGUUACAGACGUUACAGACGUUACAGACAGUACAGACGUUACAGACGGUACAGACGUUACAGACGGUACAGACGUUACAGACGUUACAGAAGUUACAGACGUUACAGACGUUACAGACAGUACAGACGUUACAGACGUUACAGACGUUACAGACGUUACAGACGGUACAGACGUUACAGACGUUACAGACGUUACAGACGGUACAGACGUUACAGACGUUACAGACGUUACAGACGUUACAGACAGUACAGACGUUACAGACGGUACAGACGUUACAGACGGUACAGACGUUACAGACGUUACAGACGUUACAGACGUUACAGACGUUACAGAAGUUACAGACAGUACAGACGCUACAGACGUUACAGACGUUACAGACGGCUCGUUGACACCAGCUGCGGCUCGUUGA